CCGAAAUAUAUUCAAAACAUGCGUUGACACUUGGAAGGGACUGACUAUAAAGUAUACAGAGAUCCCUCGCAUUCUUCACAUCACACCAACUUGAUUUAGGGUUUCAUAAGCGAUCUCAAAAUGGCGACAAGUGAGAAACAAAGCAGCCCCAAACCUCCACCUUCCCCUUCACCUCUCCGCAAUUCCAAGUUUUUCCAGUCGAACAUGAGGAUAUUGAUCUCCGGAGGAGCUGGAUUCAUCGGCUCACACCUCGUCGACAAGCUAAUGGAAAACGAAAAGAAUGAGGUGAUUGUCGCUGAUAACUACUUCACCGGUUCAAAAGACAACCUCAAGAAAUGGAUCGGUCAUCCCAGAUUCGAACUUAUCCGUCACGAUGUGACGGAGCCACUGUUGAUUGAGGUUGAUCAGAUCUACCAUCUAGCAUGUCCUGCUUCUCCUAUUUUCUACAAGUACAACCCUGUUAAGACCAUCAAGACUAAUGUUAUUGGUACACUUAACAUGCUUGGUCUUGCCAAGCGUGUUGGUGCAAGGAUUUUGCUUACCUCGACCUCGGAGGUGUAUGGAGAUCCUCUCAUUCAUCCGCAGCCUGAGAGUUAUUGGGGAAACGUUAACCCUAUUGGGGUUAGGAGCUGUUAUGAUGAAGGCAAGCGUGUUGCUGAGACUUUAAUGUUUGACUACCACAGGCAACAUGGAAUUGAAAUCCGCAUUGCUAGAAUCUUCAACACUUAUGGUCCACGCAUGAACAUAGAUGAUGGCCGUGUCGUAAGCAACUUCAUUGCUCAGGCACUUAGGGGUGAGGCAUUGACUGUUCAGAAGCCUGGGACACAGACACGUAGUUUCUGUUAUGUAUCUGACAUGGUUGAUGGACUAAUGCGUCUCAUGGAAGGAGAUGAAACUGGUCCAAUCAACAUCGGUAACCCAGGUGAGUUUACGAUGGUGGAACUAGCAGAGACAGUAAAGGAGCUGAUAAACCCGAGCAUAGAGAUAAAGAUGGUGGAGAACACGCCGGAUGAUCCAAGACAGAGGAAGCCAGAUAUCACAAAGGCUAAAGAAGUGUUGGGGUGGGAACCAAAGGUGAAGCUCCGUGAUGGCCUUCCUCUUAUGGAAGAAGAUUUCAGGCAAAGGCUCGGUGUCCCCAAGAAUUAAAAACUUUUGGAUCAAUAAUCAUCAGAUGCAAACAUGAAUGCACUGCACUAUAAGUCAAUUUUCUACUUUUCACUAUCCAUGACGCUAGUGGUUGGUUUCAUAUAUAGUAUGCUUCUGUUUUCUACAUUCGGAACUGUUAGCCAGAGGAAAAUAAAGAUUAGAAAGAUAUUUACACUAAAAGAAAGAAGAAAAAUUUUACUUUCUUGAUAUUGCGUUUGCUGCUACAGCUAUCAUAUGUGGGUUUGUGGCUACGAAAAG